UCGACGUGUAUCAUUGGUCCUCAUUUGCAACUUCUGCGCCAAUUUGUGCAUUCAAAACCUCCCUCAUAUCAACCUGUCAUGUGCAUAUUGUGGGUGCCGGGACGACAAACCUGACUAACCAUCGGAGCAGGGCAUCAACGUUGAUCUCCGACACGUCGAAGUGGCAACCCGGUAGACCUCAAAGCUUCAUCAGCGUAGAAGACAAAAUGAAGUUCUUCAUCGAGGAUCUGCCAAUUCUGUUCCCGUAUCCUCGUAUUUAUCCUGAACAAUAUGCAUACAUGUGCGAUCUCAAACGUACACUGGACAAUGGAGGUCAUUGUGUUCUUGAAAUGCCUUCAGGAACGGGCAAAACGGUGUCACUGCUGUCGUUGAUCGUCGCAUACCAACAAUUCUACCCGGAGCAUCGGAAAUUAAUUUACUGUUCGCGUACUAUGUCGGAGAUUGAGAAAGCAUUGGCGGAGUUGAAGGCGUUGAUGAACUACCGCGCCGAACAGCUUGGUGUAGUGGAAGAUUUCAGAGGUUUGGGUUUGACCAGUCGAAAGAACCUCUGUCUUCAUCCUUCCGUCAAACGCGAAAAGGCGGGCAAUGUCGUCGAUGCUCGAUGUCGGAGCCUCACUGCAGGCUUCGUGAAGGAAAGAAAAGAGCGCGGCGAGGAUGUUGAAUUAUGCAUUUACCACGACAACCUCGAUCUAUUGGAGCCUCACAAUCUAAUACCACCCGGAGUUUGGACUCUUGAUGGCAUGCUUCGUUACGGAGAAGAACAAAAGCAAUGCCCCUAUUUUACUGCUCGGAGAAUGAUGCCGUUCUGCAACGUCAUCAUUUAUUCGUACCACUAUCUCUUGGACCCAAAAAUCGCAGAACGUGUAUCGAGAGAACUAUCCAAAGACUGUAUUGUCGUUUUCGACGAAGCCCACAAUAUUGACAACGUCUGCAUCGAAUCACUCAGUAUUGACCUGACCGAGGAUUCUCUCAGAAAAGCUGCCAGAGGAGCGAAUAACCUGGAAAGGAAAAUCGCGGAGAUGAAAGAGACUGAUGCCGCAAAGCUUCAAAACGAAUAUGCUAAAUUGGUCGAAGGUCUUCGAGAGGCCGAUGAAGCACGGGACGAAGGAGCGUUCAUGUCAAAUCCUGCUCUGCCAGAUGAUUUACUCAAGGAGGCUGUGCCUGGUAACAUCCGUAGAGCCGAGCAUUUCACGGCAUUCUUGAAACGAUUCAUCGAAUAUCUGAAGACACGAAUGAAAGUGCUCCAUGUCAUUUCAGAAACACCCCCAUCCUUUCUUCAGCAUCUUAAAGAGCUGACCUUUAUCGAGAAGAAGCCUCUCCGGUUCUGCGCUGAAAGACUGACCUCACUAGUCCGAACGCUUGAACUAACCAACAUCGAAGAUUAUCAGCCUCUGCAAGAAGUUGCCACAUUCGCGACGCUUGCUGCAACAUACGAGACAGGCUUUCUCCUCAUAUUGGAGCCCUUCGAAUCAGAGACUGCUACCGUCCCCAAUCCUGUCCUGCACUUUACCUGUCUAGAUGCAGCCAUUGCAAUCAAACCGGUGUUCGAUCGUUUCAGCUCAGUGAUCAUCACCUCCGGAACCAUCUCGCCUCUUGAGAUGUAUCCCAAAAUGCUCGGGUUUACGGCCGUCGUUCAAGAGUCUUACAGCAUGACGCUUGCUAGGAAAUCAUUCUUGCCGAUGAUAGUGACCCGCGGAUCAGAUCAAGGGCAGAUGUCUUCCGGCUUUCAGACUCGAAACGAUCCUGGAAACAUUCGCAAUUACGGCAAUCUCUUGAUCGAGUUUUCGAAACUGACCCCCGAUGGGCUGGUCGUGUUCUUUCCGUCAUAUUUGUACAUGGAAAGUGUCAUCUCCAUGUGGCAGAAGAUGGAAAUUCUAGACCAAGUCUGGAAGAGCAAGAUCAUCUUGGUGGAGACGCCAGAUAGUCAAGAAACCUCUCUAGCUCUCGAGACAUAUCGCACUUCUUGUAGCAAUGGCCGUGGCGCAGUCUUGAUGUGUGUCGCUCGAGGAAAGGUCUCUGAAGGUAUCGAUUUCGACCAUCACUAUGGCCGGACAGUGUUGUGCAUCGGUGUUCCAUUCCAAUACACCGAAUCUCGAAUUUUGAAGGCGCGCCUAGAGUUCCUUCGUGAGAAUUAUCGCAUUCGAGAAAACGAUUUCUUGUCAUUCGACGCCAUGCGACACUGCGCGCAGUGUCUGGGUCGUGUCUUGCGAGGGAAGGACGACUACGGUGUCAUGGUCAUGGCAGACAAGCGCUUCGCAAAGAAGCGCAAUCAGCUUCCCAAGUGGAUUUCAACCGCCUUGAUGGAAAGCGAUGCAAACAUGUCGGUGGACCAGGCCGUUUCAGCUGCAAAGAAAUUUCUCAAAAAUAUGAGUAAGCCUUUCCCGAUGAACCUUCAAGAAGGCGUCAGUACCUGGAGCUAUUCGGAUCUCAUGGCGCAUAAAGCGAAAAUGGAAGCGCAGUAUGAGCAGCUCGAUGCCAACGAUCAGCAGAAUGGCAAUGGACAGCACACCGCGAACGCGGAUAUCGACAUGGAUGCGGAUAUGGAAGCCGCAAUGAUGGAGCUCGACGCGUAAUUGAGCGCCUACGCGACGAGCUUGCUCCGGAGCGGAUCAGGUCUACGCCAUAUGCCUAGGCGUGACUCACAACGUGAUUGCGAACAUAUUCAUCAAGACAUGCUUCUAUAUGCACAGGCAACAUUGCCACCUAAAAUACAAGCGCUGAAAUAAAAACUUUGGAAGCAUAUCAGUCCACCUUGAUUGAGGCGUAGAUACGGUGCACAAACAUCCAGCAGGCAAAG